AUGUAUAAAUUUCGGGGUCCGAUUCCAUAUGCUUAUGAUCAAGAUCAUACAUCCGACACAUUAAUUGGCAAUAAGAAUUUGUGUGGUGGUUUCAAUUUCCCUCCUUGCCUUCCGGUUCCAACCAAUAACAAUUCAAUCGUAACCAAAGCAAACAAAAAUCCAGCCAAUAACAAUUCCAUUGUUACCAAGGCAAAAGAAAAUCCAGCCAAUAACAAUUCCAUUGUUACCAAAGCAAAAAACUUGCCAGCCAUUGCAGCCAGUAACAAAUCCAUUGUAACCAAAGUAAAAAUUUUUGUUCCCAUUGCCGUUUUCGUUGGAUUCUUAGUUCUUGGGUGUUUGCUCCUGUCCAAGCACGUGGGCAAGAAAUAUCAAUAUGAGCCAAGAGAAACAAAGAAUGGAAACCUCUUCUCGAUAUGGAAUUAUGAUGGACAUAUUGCAUAUGAAGAUAUGAUUAAAGCAACCGAGGACUUUGACUUAAAAUAUUGUAUUGGAACCGGUGGUUAUGGUAGUGUUUACAAAGCAGAAUUACCUUGUGGCAAAGUGGUUGCCUUGAAGAAACUUCAUCGUUUGGAGGUUGAGAACUCAACUUUUGAUAUGAGUUUUAGGAACGAGGUAAAUGUAUUAACAGAGAUUCGCCAUCGAAACAUUAUAAAACUUCAUGGGUUCUGCUUGCAUAAGCGAUGCAUGUUUUUGGUUUAUGAGUACAUGGAAAGGGGAAGCCUUUUUUGUGUCCUGAGCAAUGAUGUUGAAGCUAUAGAAUUGGAUUGGAGCAAGAGGGUGAACAUCAUCAAAGGCACUGCCCACGCCUUAUCUUACAUGCAUCAUGAAUGCAUUCCAUCAAUUGUUCAUCGAGAUAUAACUAGCAACAAUAUUUUGUUGAACAAUAAACUAGAGGGUUUUGUCUCUGACUUUGGCACAGCUAAACUUCUUGAUCCAGAUUCCUCCAAUCAAACAUUAGUUGCAGGCACUUACGGUUACAUUGCCCCAGAGUUGGCAUAUACCAUGAAAGUUACUGAAAAGUGCGAUGUGUAUAGCUUUGGAGUGGUGGCAUUGGAAAUAUUAAUAGGACGACAUCCAAUGGAACUCCUAACUUCAUUAUCAUCAUCUUCUUCUCAAAACGUGAUGUUACAUGAAAUAUUAGAUCAACGUGUGCCGCCUCCAAAUCAUCUAGUUGCACAAGAUAUUUUCCUUGUCGCUACACUAGCAUUUGCAUGCCUACAUACCAAACCAAAGUCUCGGCCUACAAUGAAAUGCGUAUCUCAAGAAUUUCUUUCUCGGAGGAAGAAGCCAAUAGCCAAACCUUUACAUACAUUUUCACUAUGGCAGCUAAGGAACCAGAAAAUGUAUAUGGUUGAAUCAGGGGAUGAAACUCAAUUAUGA